AUGCGGGUCCCCAGCCCCAGCGUGCGCGAGGCGGCCUCCAUGUACGGCACAGCGGUGGCCGUCUUCCUGGUCAUCCUGGUGGCCGCCCUGCAGGGCUCGGCUCCCCCCGAGAACCCCUUCCCCUACCGCAUCCCCCUGGACCCUGAGGGGAGCCUGGAGCUGUCGUGGAAUGUCAGCUACGUGCAGGAGACUGUCCACUUCCAGCUCCUGGUGCGGGAGCUCAAGGCCGGCGUCCUGUUUGGCAUGUCGGACCGUGGCGAGUUGGAGAACGCCGACCUGGUCGUGCUCUGGACCGACGGGGACAGUGCCUACUUUGGGGACGCCUGGAGUGACCAGAAGGGGCAGAUCCAUCUGGAUGCCCAGCAGGAUUACCAGCUGCUGCGGGCACAGAGGACCCGGGAAGGCCUAUCCCUGCUGUUCAAGAGGCCCUUUGGCACCUGUGACCCCAAGGAUUACCUCAUCGAGGACGGCACCGUCCACUUGGUGUACGGGAUCCUGGAGGAGCCGUUCCAGUCGCUGGAGGCCGUCAACGUCUCCAGCCUGCAGACGGGGCUGCAGAGGGUGCAGCUGCUGAAGCCCAACAUCUCCAUCCCGGCCCUGCCCUCGGACAUGCGCACCAUGGAGAUCCGCGCCCCGGACGUCCUGGUCCCCGGCCAGGAAACCACGUACUGGUGCUACAUCACCGAGCUCCCGGACGGCUUCUCUCGGCACCACAUCGUCAUGUACGAGCCCAUCGUCACCGAGGGCAACGAGGCCCUGGUGCACCACAUGGAGGUCUUCCAGUGCGCAGCCGAGUUCGAGAGCUUCCCCCACUUCAGCGGGCCCUGCGACUCCAAGAUGAAGCCGGAGCGGCUCAACUACUGUCGCCACGUGCUGGCUGCCUGGGCCCUGGGCGCCAAGGCCUUUUACUACCCAGAGGAAGCCGGCCUUGCUUUCGGGGGCCCUGGGUCCUCCAGAUUUCUCCGCCUGGAAGUUCACUACCACAACCCGCUGAUGAUAAAAGGCCGGCGCGACUCCUCGGGCAUCCGCCUGUACUACACGGCCACGCUGCGGCGCUUCGAUGCGGGCAUCAUGGAGCUGGGCCUGGUGUACACGCCUGUGAUGGCCGUCCCCCCGCAGGAGACGGCCUUCGUCCUCACAGGCUACUGCACGGACAAGUGCACCCAGCUGGCUCUGCCUCCUUCCGGAAUCCACAUCUUCGCCUCUCAACUCCACACGCACCUGACGGGCAGGAAGGUGGUCACGGUGCUGGCCCGGGACGGCCGCGAGAAGGAGGUUGUGAACAGGGAUGACCACUACAGCCCUCACUUCCAGGAGAUCCGCAUGUUGAAGAAGGUCGUGUCCGUCCACCCGGGAGACGUGCUCAUUACUUCCUGCACAUACAACACGGGAGACAGGAAGCUGGCCACCGUGGGGGGCUUUGGGAUCCUGGAGGAGAUGUGCGUCAACUAUGUGCACUACUACCCCCUGACGCAGCUGGAGCUCUGCAAGAGUGCCGUGGACCCUGGCUUCCUGCAGAAGUAUUUCCACCUUGUGAACAGGUUCAACAGCGAGGAAGUCUGCACCUGCCCUCAAGCCUCUGUCCCUGAGCAGUUUGCCUCUGUGCCCUGGAACUCCUUCAACCGCCAAGUGCUCAAGGCUCUGUACAGCUUUGCCCCCAUCUCCAUGCACUGCAACAAGUCCUCGGCUGUCCGCUUCCAGGGUGAGUGGAAUCUGCAGCCCCUUCCCGAGAUCAUCUCCAAGCUGGAAGAGCCCACCCGCCACUGCCCAGCCAGCCGGGGUCAGAGCCCCGCCGGCCCCACCAUGGUCAGCAUCGGCGGGGGCAAAGGUUGA